AUGUCGGAGCAAAGACACCCAUACCUUGACACAGAACAUAACAAUCUCGGGAAAAUGUAAACGUAUUAAGUAUAAUGUAAAGGAAUAUAUGUAAAGUAAAUAUAAACAGUCGCACUGACGAGUAUUGGUUUACGAGGACCCAUUUUCUGACGGCGGUACAAUGGAUUAAUAUAUAUAUAUAUAUCAAACACGCGCGACUAAAAACCUCGGCUGACCGACGAUCGCAGACCUAGAUCCCCUGGGCAAAUAAAACUGUAUUGAAUGCCUGGGUCAUAAGUUUUAGUGCACGUGACAUUCAAUUACCGAUUAGCUAAAUCAGUCGAGAUAAGAUUUGAGAAGAUUCCACGCAACAUUCUGGUGCAAUACAGAAAGUUAAAUUCGAAAUAGUUCUCGGACCUCUCGUCGUCUGCCAGCAUGGUGGAAGAUUAUCUGGUGGCCAGCGAUUAUGUGCUGAUUGGUAUUUAUUUCGUGCUUGUUUUAGCGGUGGGAUUAUGGUCAACCUUCAGACCAAACAGAAACAGCGCGGCUGGAUAUUUUCUGGCGGGAAAAGAUAUGCACUGGAUUCCGGUGGGGGCGUCUAUAUUUGCGAGUAAUGUCGGGGCGCCUAUGUUUAUAGGUUUAGCGGGGACGGCUGCAGCGUCUGGUUUUGCUGUGGCGAUAUAUGAAUGGCAUUCCAUUUAUUUAUUGAUAGCUCUAGGAUGGGUUUUCGUUCCUGUAUACGUAGCCAGUGGGGCCUUCACGAUGCCUGAAUAUUUGAAGAAGAGAUUUGGUGGGAAGAGAUUAAGGAUCUACUUGUCUUCUUUAGCUUUAGUGCUUUACGUCCUGACUAAAAUAUCCUCUGAGAUUUAUUCUGGUGCCAUCUUUAUGAGACAAUUACUGGGUUGGAAUCUGUACCUGUGUGUUGUUACCAUUCUAGCUGUUACUGCUUUCUAUACCAUAGCGGGUGGUUUAGCCGCUGUAAUAUACACAGAUACUCUACAAACUGUUAUUCUACUCUUCGGUGCUUUUAUCCUCACAGUAAUGAGUUUUAUUGAAGUUGGGGGUUGGGAACAGAUGAUGAGAAAAUAUUCCAUGGCGGCCGCAAAUUACACGUUAGCUAACCCUGAGAAUUAUUCGUGUGGUCUGCCACGAUCCGACUUCAAUCAUAUAUGGCGAGAUGCUGAAACUGGUGAUAUACCCUGGCCUGGUGCAGCUAUUGGUCUUACCACUCUAGGUUUAUGGGUUUGGUGUACGGAUCAGAUUAUGGUACAGACAUGUCUGUCAGCGAAAGAUAUGAGUCAUGCUAUAGUUGUCUCCCUUCUGCCAAAUAGCAAAACCAUAGAAAUAGCAUAA